UAUACAUCAAAAUCUAUUACCAUGUCGAAUUCGAUUCACAGUCUCCAGACACCAACCUCUGGCCAAGUGAUUAACACCGUCAAUACUUUACUACCCCAUGAUGAUUAUGGACCGCAAAUACACUUGACCAUCUGGACUCUCACCGCUGUGGCCGCUGCAUGGCUGGGCGUGAGGAUAUAUUGCAAGUGUGCCAGACACAGAGGACUGUGGUUUGACGAUUACGUGCUUAUAGCAUCAUGGGUUGUCUUAAUCUUUGGAGACAUUUCCCUCGCCCUAGCAGUUCAUUUUGGCUUUGGGAAACACACGUACGAUAUCCCACAAGGAAAUUUCCCCAACAUGCUGCUUGUGUCAAGCUUCGCGGGAUUCUUCAUGAUCGUCGGGGCCGCCUGGAGCAAGACGUCUUUUGCCAUCACCUUGCUGCGAAUCUCCUCGGGCUGGGUCAAGUUUCUGAUCUGGUUCAUCAUCGUCUCCGUCAACGUGAUUUUGGGUUUCAGUGCACUGUUCACUUGGGUUCGGUGUUGGCCCUUGGAGAAAAACUGGCAUCCCAACGUUGACGGCACUUGCAUCCCUUUCCGUAACAUCAUAUUCUACAAUGUCUUCACGGCAGGCUUUUCUGGUGCCAUGGAUAUCGUUCUGGCACUGCUCCCGUGGAAGAUGCUAUGGAACUUGAACAUGAGCAAGAAAGAGAAACUAGGUGCUCUUUGCGCCAUGAGCAUGGGUGUUUUUGCGGGUAUAACGUCUCUUAUCAAGACCAUUACCAUCCCUGGCACUGGCAAACCCGACAUUGCCGACACCAUCCAGCUGGUGAUCUUGGCGGUGGCAGAAAUCGCGGUGACCAUCAUCGCAGCCUCCAUACCAAUCCUGCGAGCGCUCGCCAAAGAUACCACGCCAAAGACGCGCGAGUUCUUACCCCUCAGUUCUGGACUCAGCUGGAGCCGGAGGCGUGGGUUUUGGCCUGAGUUUACGGCUCCUUCGCCAACAUCCACAGAAGAAGAUCAACCAGAACCUCCUGGGCUGGAGCUACAGCCCAUAUCAAAGAAAAGGCGGAAUAGAAGCAGGAACCAAAUCAAACCACUGUCCAGGAUUGUCGAGGCAGAGGAACUUCCUAAGGGGAGGAGGUUCUCGUCUGGUGGUAUUAGCCCAGUGUAGAGCAUUGGGAUGGUCAUUUCGUGUUGGAAAAUGCAUUUCUGAAAGAGUGUUCGGGAUCAAGACGCAUUCAGAUGGGGAUCUGGGUUCAUUGGCGCUAAGAGCCUGGAGUUAUAGAGCGAAUUGAAUUGGGUUGUUUUCAUAUAGUCUACACCGCCUCCGGUAGUGGACGAAUGGACAAGCACUCAAUGAGUGUAAUGGUCAAACUUUCUAUACCUCGUAUCUUUCGG